GAACUUAUCGAUAAGUGUCUUCCUCGUAUGGCGUUUACUGGCGUUUACGUUUACUCGGCCAUUUUGAUCUAAUUGUUGAAGGAGUACCUACUGCUUCAGCGCUGACCAAUUUAAAAUUUGUGUUGGUUAACUCGAGCAGUAAGAAUAUAUAAAAAUGGCUGCAGUUGGCAAAGAUUUAGAAAAACCAACAGCUGAGGUGCCUCAGGUCCAUCGCAUCCGUAUAACUUUAACUUCAAGAAAUGUACGUUCAUUGGAGAAAGUAUGUACCGAUUUAAUAAAUGGAGCCAAGAAACAAAAGCUCCGUGUGAAGGGACCAGUUCGCAUGCCAACCAAAAUCUUGCGUAUUACCACACGUAAAACACCUUGUGGUGAAGGUUCAAAAACUUGGGAUCGCUUCCAAAUGAGAAUCCACAAAAGAGUCAUCGAUCUGCACUCUCCAUCUGAAAUUGUGAAGCAAAUCACUUCCAUCAGUAUUGAGCCAGGUGUAGAGGUUGAAGUAACAAUCGCUGAUGCUUAAAUUUUGUAAAUUGAUGGAAAUAAAUGACAAAACCUAA